AUGAUGUGGGCCGUUGCCAACAACGCCACCGCCUCGUCGCUUUCGCCGCAGCAAGUUUGCGAUUGUGCGACGAAGCAGUGCUGCCAGGGCGGCUGGCCCGACUGGGCCUUCUCCUACGUCUUAAACAAUGGCGGAAUCACGUCGAACAAGAACUACCCCUACCAGGCGUACGAUUCCGCCACGUGUCUGCUCGACACAUCCAUGCCGUCUGUGGCGCAGAUCACGGGGUGGGAGCUGGUGCCGGCAUUCAACGCCAUGGCGCUCAUGAAGGCCGUCAGCAUGCAGCCCGUCGUCGCCUUCAUCAGCGCCUCCACCUCAGACUUCGCGAUGUACAAGAGCCGCGAUGUGCUCAGAAUCUACGACGGCGUGUGCUUGACGGAGGUGAACCACGCGGUGGUGGUGGUGGGCUUUAACUACACGGGGCCGGACCUCAAAGGCAGCUACUGGAUCAUCAAGAACUCGUGGUACACCACGUGGGGCGACCGCGGCUACAUGUACCUCGCCAUGACGCCCGACGUGCGCGGGAAAUGCGGCAUCCUAUCCAUUCCUGCUAUGUACCCGGUUUACUACCCGAGCGGGCCGCAACCCGCCCGAUUCUGUUCCGACACACGCGGCAAGUGGAAUAUCAACAAGGUGGACGACCUCUCGUCGUCGCUCUUCUCCUCCGCCCUCUCCACGGAUAGCAGUAGUACCACCACGCUAACUACUUCCACGACUAUAACGACGAGUUCCACCAUCGUCAUGCUUGCGUCCGUCACUGGCACAUCGACGGACGCAUCCUCGCUGCUCAUCAACUCGACGACCAAGUCGGCGUCACAGAUAACUGCGUGCGCAGGGAUAAUCAAUCCUUGUGGCGGCGGGAGUUGCUACAUGCUCGGUGGAAUCGCGCGAUGUGACUGUGGCUUGCUGUCGAAUAUGGUUGAGGUUAUGGGAGUGCCCACGUCGAAAUGUGCGCCUCAGAAUCCGUGCACAAAUUCGCCCGUGAACCCUUGUCGCGGCGGGACAUGCAUGGACGUGGGAGAUGGGACGUACACAUGCACAUGCGCUUCGGGAUACGCCAUCGGAACUGCGGUGGAUGGUUCGACAACCUGCUUGCCUGCUGCUGGUCUUACGAAGUCGUAUGUUACACUACCCGGCGAUAACUGCACGCUGGUCGCGACAGAAUUCGGGAUUUCAACAACCACCCUAUCGGCACUGAACCCGUUUAUCAACUGCUCCGUUACGGAAUACUUGCCUCCGGGUGUUGGGCUGACUGUUUCAAGAGCACUAACAGCCACAUCCACGUUCUGCACAAGCACAUACACGGUUCAACCUUCUGACACCUGCAAUUCCAUCGCCCACCUUUUCUUUGGUGGUUCUCUCACAGCACUAGACAACCUAAAUCCUGGAUUGACGUGCAACCGUCUCUUUAAAUCACAACAAAUUUGCCUUAAAGCGGAUUCAUCAUCAUCCACCACAUCGGGUCCACAGUGCGGACAGAGCGUUGCAGUGGUCAUGGGUGAUACGUGUGCUUCUGUCUCCAUCAAAUACAUGAUCAGCUCCUCAACCUUCAGCUCACUGAAUCCAGGUCUCAACUGUGACAGCCCACUGCUGGUUGGAUCCUAUGUCUGUGUGGCACCAAAAUCAUCAGAUACCACCAUCAACUGCACGGGGUGGUACCGGGUGAUGCAGGGCGACACAUGCCCCUCCAUCUGGAAUGGAGCCAACCUCACCAUGUCCAUGUUCCAAGCCAUCAACCCGGGCAUUCAGUGCCAGGCGCCCUAUCUGGUGGUGGGCCAGCAGGUGUGCAUCGACUCACCCGUCCUCACCACCAUGCAGCGAGCUCCCAACACCUCCUACUCCAUCUACACCGUCCGCCCCAACGAUACCCUCUCCACCAUCUCCUCGCUCUUCCUCCCCCGCUGCACACCCACCUCUGUCUCUCCCGAGUCCAUCGCCGCACAAAACUACAUCUCCGAUCUAUCUGCCCCUCUGGCGCCCGGCACGAAGCUGAUCAUCCCCUGUAUAGGCCGCAUCGGUAUGGUGGACUGCGGCUGUGCAGCCUCUAUCCCGGUCUGUGGGUCGGACUUUGUCAGCUACCCCUCAUACUGUGAUGCUCUCUGCAACUUCGCACUUCCAGCUCUCCCCGAUAGCUUCUGCACCGGGGCAUGUGGACCCGCAUGCCAGGGUCGUAUGGGCCUUGCCCCGGUUCCUAACUCCGGCUGCACCAAUGCCAUAUGCCCGUAUCCCAGCUGGGCACCGGCAGAGUCAAUAGACUGUGCCAAAGUGGUGGACACGAGCUCUGGUCCCUGCUGCAGUUACAGGGAGAACACCUGCAAGCAGCAGUGCACGCUCACUGCAGCUGGAUUGGGUGGAACAGUGGCUCAGAGGAACAGCAGCUAUAAUGAUUGCUACAGCCAGUGCAUGUGCUGCCAGGCUACAGGCUGUGGUGGUGCAACGUGCAAGGCACCAUCGGCGUGUUGGAAUGCCAGGCCUCGCAAGUGCGUGUUUGUGAACUACAGCUAUGUGUGGAACUGCACGUGGUUCCCUGCUGGGAACCCCUUGCCCUAG